GGCGGGGUGUGGGCAGCGGCCUCGGUGCCCUCGCUAGCUCCCUCACUGCCCGAGCUUCGCUCAGCUCUUGGAUAACAUGGCUUCACACGAGGAAAAACAAGCUCAGCCCUUUGCAGGCAUCUUUGAUGAAGAUGAAGCGGAGAAAUCCUUUCUGUUAUCCAAGCCUACUUGCUUACUUAUACUUGGAAAGCCAGGCUCUGGAAAGAAAACAUUAGCUAGGAAACUGGCACAAAUGUGGAAGUUCAUUUAUAUAGAAGCUUCAGAAGUCAUCCAAAUGAAUAUUCGUGAAGAGACAGAAUAUGGGCUCAAGUGCCAAGAAUUGCUUUUUAAAGGUCAAAGUGUUUCUGAAGAGCUGGUUACAGAAAUGAUUCUGAAAAGGAUUGAGUCCCCAGAAGUUGCUCAUUUUGGUUAUGUUCUCAGUGGAUUUCCUUCUCUCUCAGAGGAAUAUAUGACAGUUUCCCAGCAAAUAGAGAAAAUAAAGAACCUGAAAUUAAGACCGGAUUUCCUGAUUAACAUAAAGUGUUCAGAUUAUGAUUUAUGCCAAAGAAUAUCAGGACAAAGGCAACACCCUAACUCUGGGCAGGUAUACCAGAGGAACCAGUGGGAUCCUGAUGUUAUCGGUAAGCAUAAGAAAGAGAAAAAUCAGCAGGAAAAAGAGAGUGAAAAAGAUGAAGAACAAGAUGAUGAAGAAGAGGAGGCUGCAGAAGAUCCACUUGGAACAUUAGAAUUUUUGCAUCAAUUAGUGCAGAGGCCAGAACAUAUCCUUGAGAAUGCAGAGGAAAGAAUUGGAACCUAUAAGGAUAUAAUGCUUCGUCCUUUAGAAGACUGGAUGGCUGAACAGGACUGUCAAUAUCUCAUUGAACUGGAUGGUAAUCAGCAGCCAGAUGAUCUCUUUAUGUCAGUGGUAGCUCGACUUCAGUCUCUGGGUGUUCAAAAUGCAGCUCCUAUAACUAGACUUCAAAGUGAGGAAGAGGAAGGUCAGCUGGAGGGAUUGGAAAAUGAUGAACUCUUCCGGGUUCUGUCGUCUUACAAACUGAUAGCACCCAGAUACCGAUGGCGCAGGAGCAGGUGGGGGCAAGCGUGUCCUGUGGCUCUAAAGGAAGGUGAUAUUGUAAUGGGAAACCCAGACUUGGCUGUCAGUUUUCUAGGUAAGAUGUAUGUCCUGUCAUCUCCAGAGGCACUGAAAACCUUCAUGUUGAAUCCGCGGCCUUACCUGUUACCCCCAAUGCCACUUCCUCCUUGUAAAGUACUGGUAUUUGGUCCUCCAUUCUCUGGAAGAACAACUAUUUGUGACCUAAUUGCAGACAAAUAUAAAGGAAAGGUUCUUGAUAUGGCUGAACUCAUUCAACCCUGUGUGGAAGAGUUAAGAGAAGAAAAGAUUGAGCAAGUGCGAAGGGAUGCAGUAGAAAAGGCUAUAGCAGCAGUGAAAAAUAGGUUGGAAUUAGAAAAACAGGCCAUAGACUCAGGUAUGUCAGAGAUCACUGCUGAGCACCCUGAAGUUCAAGCAGUGGCAGAGGAAACCAUAACUGCUGAGCACCCAGCAGCUCAAGCAAUGGCAGAGGAAACCAUAACUGCUGAGCACCCAGCAGCUCAAGCAAUGGCAGAGGAAACCAUAACUGCUGAGCACCCAGAAGUUCAGGCAGUGGUGGAGGAAGCUAUAAGUGGUGCAUCAGUCUCUGAGGUUACACUGUCACCUGAAAGAUAUGCUGAAGUACUGGAGAGGGCUAUUGCAGAGCUUAUGAAGAAGAACAGAGACAGGUAUCCUGGUGCUCCAGAAAAAGGAGGAUGGGUAGUGGAUAACUACCCUCUGUCAGCAGAUCACUGGUCAGCUUUGUUAGAAAAAGGACUUCUACCUGACACUGUUGUCUGUCUGAAGGAUACAGAAAGAGAUGGAGCCUGCAUUCUGGCCAGAACAUACUCAGCAAACAGGGAUGAAAUAAAUGCUAAGAUUUUGAAAAGGCUAACAGAUGAAGCAUUAAAAAAGAAAGAAGAAGAAGUAGUAAGAAAAGAAAUGCAGACAUCAGGGGAAAAUCAGUCUCUGAAGUCUUCUGAGGAGAAAGAAGUUGAGGACAGUGACAAGCAACUUCCACCUGAAAGUGACCAAACACCCCAGAAAGAACCCAGUGACUCAGCAGACUAUGAAGAAUCAUCCAAACCUGCAGAAAUUGCACUACCUGAGCUUGCAGAAGAUGAUUUCCCAAAUCUACCAGAAAUGGAAACAAUUAAAAGGAAGCUUGACCUUUUCAUGCAUGACUGGCAAACAGUGGAGUCAGAAAUCAAGCAGUCAUCUCUAGUUCAAGUUGUUGGUUUAGAGAUUGCUGAGCAAACUCCAGAGAGUCUGCUUAAUCAAAUUGUGAUGCUUAUGGAAAAACCUUUUAAAUACCAUGGUUGGGAACUGUCUGCUGAAGACUUACAGGAGGAAGAAGAUGAUCUGGCUGCUGAAGGGGAAGAUGAAGAAGCUGAAGAACAAGAAAAUGAAGAUGAAGAAGAAGAAGAUGAAGACAAAAUUAAGGAAAAGAAAAGACACAUGGGGGACACAAAACACUUUUGUCCAGUCAGUCUGAAAGAGAACUUUGUCCUUUGCCCAGGACUCUCUGAACAUGCAGCUAAAUACCAAGAAAAACUUUACUACUUUUCAACUUCUGAGCACAGAGAGAAAUUUUUGAAGAACCCAGAGGAUUACGUGGCUCACAGUGAACCAGUACAAGCUCCUCCGUUACGGGUGUGCUUAAUUGGGACUCAUGGAGCAGGUAAAAGUACUUGUGCAAGACAGGUAGCAGAGAAGCUGGGCAUUUUCCAUAUUCAGUUUGAAGAAUAUCUACAGGAACUGAUCUUGCCCAAAACUAAAGGGAAAGUUGGGCCCAGUUUUGAAGAAGAACCUGAAGAUGAUGAUGAUAAAAUCCCAAAUCUAGCAGAGGAACUGGAAGACUUCUCUCAGAGCAUGACUGAAACUGAGACUGAAAAAAGCAAACAGGAAGUGGAGUUAACUGAUGAGGAAGAAGCAAUCAAAGCAAAUCUGGUGGACAAUGAGGCACUGCCUGCAGAAGUCCUUGAUAACAUUGUUCCUGAGUGGUGGAGGAAAGAGCCAUUCCGGUCCACAGGGUUUAUCCUGGAUGGUUUCCCUCGUACUUUAGAUGAAGCUCAGUAUUUGUCAGAGAGAGGACUCUGCCCUGAUGUUGUAGUUUCUAUUGAAGUAGAAGACAGUGACGUUCUUGACCGGCUCUUUCCUCCACGGCUGAGAAAAUGGAAAGACAGACAGCACAAAAAAAUGGAGAAGAAAAAGAAACUGAAAGACCUGAAAGCAAAAAUCAGGGAUGAGAAGAUUGCUAGGAGGAGGGAAGAACUUUUAGCAGAACGAAAGCUAACCAAGCAGGAGGCUUUAGCAAAUGAAGAACCUUAUGAAGCCACUGAGGAGGAAGAUGAGAAUGAAAAUGAAGAUAUUGAAGCUAUACUUGAUGAAGAGUUUUUAGAAGAAGAAGAGGAGGAGGAGGAUGAAGAACAGGAGAGUGAUGCUGUUGAGCGCAUACAAAAUGAAAUUACAGAGAAGUUUGAAUCGGAAAUAGAGAGCUUGCAAGGUGUAAAGGAAGAACUGGAAAGAAUGUCGAUCCCAGGAGUAGAGGUCAGCGGAGGGCGGAAGCCUCGCGUUGUGUUCUACCAAACCUACAGCAGACUCAAUUCCCUGCUGGAAACCCGUGGAAGCAUUUUUGAGAAAUGCUACCCAAUAAGUUUGCCACUUGCACACAAGAUGCUGGUUUUCUCAUACAAAUUUCCAAGUGCUUUUGGUCAGUGGGAUCCAGUCAAGCUCAGUGAAGGAAAUGUAAUCAGGCCCCAGCAAAGCCAUGAGAGAGCAGUCUUGCCUCUGAUCCAUCGACAGUAUAUUUAUUUCUUUUCAAGUAAAGAGAGUCAAGAAAGGUUUAUGAGAAAUCCCAUCAAAUAUAUUCGCCAGCCAAAACCUAAGCCAGCUGUGCCGGUGAAGAUUGCAAUUGUGGGACCUCCAAAAUCUGGAAAGACUACAGUUGCCGAGAAAUUUGCCAGCGUGUACGGGCUGCUGCGCCUGAGCAUGGGAGACGCCAUCCGGCUGGCGUUAGACAGCCAGCCAGAGAGCCAGCUGGCACUUGGCUUAAAGUGGCACCUUCACAGAGGACAGACUGUGCCUGAUGAACUGGCCAUCCAGGCUCUAGAUGUGGCUCUGAUGAAUCACGUGUGUGCUACCACUGGAGUUGUCAUUGAUGGCUAUCCUGUAACAAGAAGACAAGUGAACCUCUUGGAAACAGCUAAGAUAAUUCCAGUGAAAAUCUUUGAAUUAGAAAUGGAUGCAAAAGAAGUGUUCAGAAGAGCACUGCUGGAUGAGGAAAGCACAAACAGACCACCUUACCCUAAACAUGACAGCUUAGAGAUUCUGGCUGUUAAAAAUUCCUGCUACAAGCAGCACAUUGAUGCAAUUAGGACUUACUAUGAGAAGGAGCAUCAGAACUGGUGUGUGAUUGAUGCCUCACAGAGCAAAUGGUGGAUCUGGAACAAAGUACUGCAAGAAGUUGAAAUGGUUGUUAAAGAAAUUCAGAGAUACCUGGAAAGAAUAAAAGAAGGCAAAGCAGCUGGCAUUGCUGAUUUAUGUAUCACUCCUGACGAGCUGCAGCUCCGGCUGGGGGAGUUUGGGCAGUACUGUCCUGUCAGCCUGGCAGAAAAGGGGGAACUGGUUGAUUGCUCUGCACUCUCACUGCAGUUUGCUGCAGAAUUUCGAGGGCACUAUUACAAAAUGGCUUCUCAGGAAGAACUGGAUAAAUUCUUGAGUCAACCAGAGGUUUAUGUGCCACCACUGGCACCUCACCCUCUCCCACUCCCAGAUAUGCUACCACAGAAACUGACUGCAGCAGAAGCGAAGGCCUUAUUCCCAAUCAGUGCUGAAAUGCAGGGGUACUGUCCAGUCACCUACCUAGAUGGAAAACUGAGGUAUGAAGCUUUGGUGCCUGGCAAGAGUGAGUAUGCAGCAAAGUAUCAAGGGAAGGUAUAUGUUUUUGAAAGUGAGGAAAAACUGCUGAAAUUCCUGAGGUUACCAGAGAAGUACUGCAAUCUGAAGCUCCCACAUAAACUGCCUCCAAGAAAGGAGCCAAUACUGCUCACUGCACUUCCUCUGCUUGGAUACCUUGAGCAGGGAGUAGCAACUUCUCUAAUAAAAGCUUUGAGUGAAGUAGGCUGCUUAAAGCCAAAGUUUCCAUUCCUAAGUGUAAAAGCCACUGCUCUGCUGUUUGUUGCCUGCCAUUUAAAAGCACACAACCCCAGGAGCUCGGAGCCUGUGCGGCAGAUCUACCAGCGGCGGCUGGCACAGUUCACAGAGCACUGCCAGCUCAUCCCCUACCUGAAGGAAGCCAUGACUGGCCCCUACCUCGAGCCAUCGUGCAGGCCCCUGGGCUUUGACAGCAGGCUCCAGACUUUCUUUGCCCUGAAAGAGGCUGGCCCCAGCUUGGUGUAGUGGUGGCUAUGACUUCA